AGGAGGACCUUGCCAAGCGUACUCAACCGAAGCAAGGACCCCGAUUCAGUUGAUAAAGAUCCGCCUUCGUGGUCAGCCCCAGAUGCUUACGAUGUCAUCCCGGCAUUGACAUUGAAUCGAUUCGGUCAAGGAGCAUAAUGCUGCCCGACCAAAUGGGCAGCCACAAACAACCUAGCACUUCAAGCAAUAAAAUAAACACUUCAAGGCAUAUUCAUUCACACACCUCAUACUUAACCUGCCUUGCCUACGACCUGACGAUACCUUAUUCAUCCUCUCAAACACAGCGCUAAUCUACCUACGCACCCACCUUUCCUGCCAACCACUGUACUACAAUCGUCUUAACUAGGCAGAGCAGACUAAGGUACUUGCUUGUGUAUCUUGGUCGAUGCUUCUGCGCCAAGUUCACCUCGCCCUCGUAUCCCAGUCGGCGCACGCCCUCAUUUGUCAUUUCCGAGUCGUCCGCAUUGCGUCGUCGCUACCUUCGGCUACAGAUCGCUCCGCCAUCGCGACCGUCACUUUCUCCUGGACGUCGCCUUUCCAUUUAUAGGUCAAGGGAGCUCGACUCGCUAUUAGUCUCCACUAUCGCCAUCCCCGUUCCCGAUCCCUCCCAUCAGCGAGAAUACAAUAUUGCCGGUAACGAGGCAUCGAUAAAGACACACAGCUGCUCUGCCUGUCUGUCGCACUUCGUCAACGACGAAGAAGGGUCUCCCUCUGCCGCGUAUCGGAAAAAGCUCGCAGCCUACAAGUCCUUAUGGCAAUGACGGAAACAGGAUCGCAAGAUCAAACUGAUCCCAAAAGCCGACGCAGGCCCUUUUCGACAUGGGUCAAGAAGCUGAAGAAUUUCAAGGGCGGCUACUCUAACGAAGGUAGUAAUUCAGGCUCCGGAAAACGGGAAAAGACAUUGGCCAAAAAGCGCCCCUUGAAGAAAAACAAUCCGUAUCCAGAGUCAGGCAGGAUAGGUAGUGGUACGCAAGCACAGCAUCGGGCAAGCACACGCUCGGUGUCUUCUGGUCCCAGCGGUGUUACGAGCUCGACUUCAUUGGCCAGGACGCUAUCCAUUUCGUCGACAACCGAUGGCCACGGCCGGGCUCCUACAGCGGGUGGCAGGUCCGUGGCGCCGACUGUGUCGACGACAGAUCAUGAUAUAGCACACUCGAUUGCUGCACCAUCCCAUGGCGCCUCGUCGGUGGCAGGUACUAGCCGCACUGCCAACGGCGGGGUCGAUUCUCGCCGUGGAGGCGACAGCACAUUUUCCUCACCGGCGCCCUCGGUGCGGUCGCUAACGACGACACUUACCACCAUACAAUCCAUCCCUAUGGGCAUGGGAAACCAUAACUCACACAGCCAAAAUUCACAUCCGGCCCAGCAUCACUCUAUUCACUUCAACCAGCCGUUCCCAAAUACACCCGCAUCUGCCAUCCCUGCUCAUUUAAAUCCCCCAUCGGCAGCUGGAGCCGGCCAGUCGGGCCACCCGACGACGUAUAAUACUGCCACAGCGAAUGGGCUGCUUACGGACAAUGCCUCAAUUUUGACCCUUGCAUCUUCAUCUAAGCGUCGGCGCCGUCGCUCCCUAGACACGGAUGCAAGCGUGCGCGCUUUGGCCCCUUCCUCCCUGUUCGGCGGCUCCCGCGAGUCACUCCCGCUGUCAGUACUUUCCGCAACGAUAGAUAGCGGCACUGGCCCGUCUUCCUCGGCUGUUCCCCCGGUUCCAACCACGCCUGGCGGAGCGGCACGGAGUGUGGCCGAACGGGCCAGCAUAUAUAGCGUCACCGGCAUUGGGGGCACCGACAGGAACAGCUUGUACGCUGGCAAAACCCAAGUUCAACAGGCGCAGUCGCAGGAAAAGUCUGGCGGAAGUGUUGUUGGUGCGGACGCUGCAAGUAUCCGAAGCGGACGUCUAGGACAUGGUCGAGCCGAGAGCGUCAACGGUAGCCUUGGCGUAACAAGUCCAUUGACGAGUCCCCGUGAAGACUCGGGCGAGGAGGAGAAGGCCGAAACAACCAAGGCAGAUACUGGUGAUAAGCUGGCUCCUUGAAAUUAUUGUUUCUGGCUGGGAAUUCGCUUUUUCUCCUUGCUGUAAUUGCUUCUAUACUUGAGGGCAAGUCGAACGCUCUUGUCUAGUGGCUAACCACAGAGUUGCGCUGGCCCCGUCAGUUUUCUUUCUUCUUUUGCGAUGAAGUUAGAACUUUUUUUUUUGUUUUGUUCUUUGUUUUAUUUCCUUGCUCGGUUAUGGUUGGAGGCAAGGAUGAGGAACGUUUCAUAAUAAGGGAGGAAUCCGAUACCCAAAGCGUAGUUAUUCUGAUCGGCUUAGUAUCAAGGGAUAUUUGAGAAGCCAAAAAAAAACACAGCUUCAUAACAGAGUUUAUUGUUUUCUUUUCCAACUUUGUGCCCAGGCAUACAGAAGUGAACGAUUUUAACAAGACAGCAGGUGGUAUCACAUUUGAUACUGGAUAGUGGCAGUUUAAACAUAUCAGUGUGUAAACAAAACUUCGAACCAGGAUCAGGUAUAAACCGGCUAAUUUACCGUGGCUAUCUAAGGGGCAUAAUAACAAAUCUGCAAAAAUUUCGCUAUGUAGAAGUGAGUGACAAAACCGGAUAUUGUCUUCCAGACAUGAAUUCAUUCAUUGGAAC